AAUUACUAUUUGGCAACCCUUGGCAUCGCCUUCUUUUGUUUAUUUGUGAUAAGUUUUUGUUUUGUGCUGCAAUUGCAACUUGAUCUUUGGAUUGGUUUAUUCGGCUACAACUAAAUGCGAAAAAAGCAAACUCUCCGAAAUCCAUUGAAGUAGCCCAUAAAGCGCAUCAUAAUGCAAACGAUGAUUAUAUUGGCAUUUCUUAUCUUCGGUUCCUGUAAUGUCUUCCUAAUCAAAUGGACAACCAUAUUGCAAGGAAAAUGUUCCGAUGGCGAAUGGCGUUAUUUCCAGCAUCCAGUUUUUCUAACCUUCCUUAUGUUUUUGGGUGAAUGUCUAUGUCUUGUUAUCUAUAAAAUUGCCUAUUGCUUCCUGCGUAGAAGAAAUAAUGGUUCGGAAGAUUCAAAUCUUUUAACAAGUGGUGAUCGUGAAUUUCGACCCAUGGAUAUGCUUUUGCCGGCAUUUUUGAAUACCAUUGCAACCAUACUUUUUGUGUCUGGCAUUUAUCUUACCUAUGCAUCCAGUUUUCAAGCUAUAAGAUGUUCUACGAUUAUUUUUAUCGGCCUAUUUGGUUCGAUAUACUUAAAUCAAACCUUGAUUGGACGUCAUUGGUCUGCCAUUGUCAUUAUUGUUUGUGCUCUGACUAUAAUCAUUUCCACCGAUAUGCAACGUGUGGUCUUUGACAACACAUCAUUGUCGCAUCCAAAUAAAAAUGCCAUACUUGCCGGUGAUCUCUUGAUUUUAUGUGCUACCAUAUUUCAAGCGGCCAAAAUGAUUUAUCACGAGAAAUAUGUCAAGGCGUGCAAUGUACCCAUAUUACAAGCUCUGGGUUGGCAGGGUAUCUUUGGAUUGGUGAUUACCAGCUGCUUGGCCAUUUGCACGAACUUUUUACCCACACCCAUGUCGCCAUUCAAUGACAGUUCACGCAAAGUCUACGAUGAUUUGCAGGACAUUUUCACUCAAAUCCAAAGCAACCAAUGGCUAGUGGCGGCUCUUUGCAUUAUGGUCUUCACCACUGCGGUACAUGGCUAUACGGCACUGUCCAUCAUACGUUUCUCAUCAUCGGCCAAUCUUAUAUUGGCAGAAAGCAUUGGUUCGUAUUUAGUUUGGUUAUGGGCUUGCCUCUUGGAAUGGGAGCAGCUCUAUUUUGUAACUAUUAUCGGCUACAUUAUACUGAUGUUGGGAUUGAUAACAUAUCGCAAGGCCGUCAUAAUGGAAUGGUAUCGUUCCAUCAUAUUGCAUAUAGCACGUAAUCGCUAUGCUGAAAUGUCCGUCGAUCCUUCGGAGGGCAUGGGAGGCACUGGUGUACCCACCAAUCGUGCGGCUGAUGUAAUAUAAGCAAAUUUUGUGUUUCGCGUUGAUUGAUUCUUCGAUGGAACAAAAAUGUACUUCUCCAAUUUGAUUUUAUUUGUAAUUGUUAAUUGUGAUAAAUGAAGAGUUUCUGAAAAACUAUAAUAACCCCAUGAAAUAAUUUACAAGCAUACUACAUGCAAAAUAUUAAGCGUAGUUAUUGUCGAGAUGAGAUGUGUACACUUGUAAUGGCAAGAAAAUAAGACUUGUUUGUGAAACUGAUAUGUCGAAUAAAUUAAGUAGUAAACAAAAACAAAAUAAA